AUGCCGAAGGCUGUACCCACAAGUACAUCAAGCUAUUCAAUGCCAAAGGCUGUAGCCACGAAUACAUCAAGCUAUUCAAUGCCAAAGGCUGUAGCCACGAGUACAUCAAGCUAUUCAAUGCCAAAGGUUGUACCCACGAGUGCAUCAAGCUAUUCAAUACCAAAGGCUGUACCCACGAGUACAUCAAGCUAUUCAAUGCCAAAGGUUGUACCCACGAGUGCAUCAAGCUAUUCAAUGCCAAAGGCUGUAACCACAAGUACAUCAAGCUAUUCAAUGCCAAAGGCUGUAACCACAAGUACAUCAAGCUAUUUAAUGCCAAAGGCUGUAACCACAAGAACAUCAAGCUAUUCAAUGCCAAAGGCUGUACCAACAAGUACAUCAAGCUAUUCAAUGCCAAAGGCAUUAACCACAAGCACAUCAAUUUUUUCAAUGCCAAAGGCUGUACCCACGAGUACAUCAAGCUAUUCAAUGCCAAAGGCAUUAACCACAAGCACAUCAAUCUAUUCAAUGCCGAAGGCUGUACCCACAAGUGCAUCAAAUUAUUCAAUGCAAAAGGCUGUACCCACAAGUGCAUCAAAUUAUUCAAUGCCAAAGGCUGUACCCACGAGUACAUUAAGCUAUAGAAUGCCAAAGGCUGUUCCCUGCGAGUACAUCAAGCUAUAG